UGUUCCAAAAUCGGUCCAUCUCCCAAGGGGUCCAAUUUUUCUUCUUGGGUGUCAGCGAGCCCUGACUCACUGUACUGCAGCUGACAGGGGCUGUCAUGCAGGCGGCCCCUAAGCCAAAGCAAAAGACCUAAGGACGACCUUUGAACAAUACAAAGGAUGGGUUUCAAUGUAAUUAGGCUACUGCGCGGAUCAGCUGUAGCAGUGGUUCUAGCGCCCACUGUCUUAUUGACAAUGCUUUCUUCAGCUGAACGAGGAUGUCCUAAGGGUUGUAGGUGCGAAGGCAAAAUGGUCUACUGUGAGUCUCAGAAACUGCAGGAAAUACCCUCAAGUAUAUCUGCCGGUUGCUUGGGUUUAUCCCUUCGCUACAACAGCCUCCAAAAACUUAAGUAUAAUCAAUUUAAAGGGCUCAAUCAGCUCACCUGGCUCUACCUUGACCAUAACCAUAUCAGCAAUAUUGACGAGAACGCUUUCAAUGGGAUACGCAGGCUCAAAGAGUUGAUUCUGAGUUCCAACCGAAUCUCCUAUUUCCUUAACAACACCUUCAGACCUGUGACCAAUUUACGGAACUUGGACCUGUCCUAUAAUCAGCUCCAUUCUCUGGGAUCUGAACAGUUCCGGGGCUUGAGGAAGCUUCUCAGCUUACACCUCCGCUCCAACUCCCUGAGAACCAUCCCGGUGCGGAUCUUCCAAGACUGUCGCAACCUGGAACUUCUGGACCUGGGAUACAACAGGAUCCGAAGUUUAGCCAGGAAUGUCUUUGCUGGCAUGAUCAGACUCAAAGAGCUUCACCUGGAGCACAAUCAGUUUUCCAAGCUCAACCUGGCCCUUUUCCCAAGGUUGGUGAGCCUUCAGAACUUGUACAUGCAGUGGAAUAAAAUCAGUGUCAUAGGACAAACCAUGUCCUGGACGUGGAGCUCCUUACAGAGGCUCGACCUGUCUGGUAAUGAGAUCGAAGCCUUCAGUGGACCCAGUGUCUUCCAGUGCGUUCCCAAUCUGCAACGCCUCAACCUGGAUUCCAACAAGCUCACAUUUAUUGGUCAAGAGAUUCUGGAUUCUUGGAUCUCUCUCAAUGACAUCAGUCUUGCUGGAAACAUAUGGGAAUGCAGCAGGAAUAUCUGUUCCCUGGUAAACUGGCUGAAAAGUUUUAAAGGUCUGAGAGAGAAUACAAUUAUCUGCGCCAGUCCCAAAGAGCUGCAGGGGGUGAACGUGAUCGACGCAGUGAAGAACUACAGCAUCUGUGGCAAGAGCACGACCACAGAGAGGUUUGACCUGGCCAGGGCCCUCCCCAAGCCCACGUUUAAACCCAAGCUCCCCAGGCCGAAGCACGAGAGCAAGCCUCCGCUGCCCCCCACGGUGGGAGCUACCGAGCCCAGCCCAGAGACAGAUGUGGACACGGAGCACAUCUCCUUCCAUAAGAUCAUCGCGGGCAGCGUGGCCCUUUUCCUGUCGGUGCUGGUCAUCCUCUUGGUAAUGUACGUGUCCUGGAAGCGGUACCCGGCGAGCAUGAAGCAGCUGCAGCAGCGCUCCCUCAUGCGAAGGCACCGGAAGAAGAAACGGCAAUCGCUCAAGCAAAUGACUCCAGGCACCCAGGAAUUUUAUGUAGAUUAUAAACCCACCAACACGGAGACCAGCGAGAUGCUGCUGAACGGAACGGGACCCUGUACCUAUAGCAAAUCGGGCUCCAGGGAAUGUGAGAUACCUUUAUCAAUGAAUGUGUCAACCUUUCUGGCAUACGACCAGCCCACAAUAAGUUACUGUGGGGUCCAUCAUGAACUCCUCUCCCAUAAGUCCUUUGAAACGAAUGCACAGGAAGACACGAUGGAAAGCCACCUAGAGACUGAGCUGGACUUGAGCACAAUUACGUCAGCUGGCCGCAUCAGCGACCAUAAACCACAGCUGGCCUGACCGAGCUGAGCAGUAGCCCAGGCUUGCUACCCAACUAUAACCUCAACCGCAGAAAGAGGAGAAUCUGUUCACUGCAACUCUUGAGUACAAAAACAAAAGCAAAACUCCCCUGUUCAAAUAAACAAAAUUCUAAGAUUGGUUCAUGAAAUAAAAGAAGACAUGAAUUGUUUCAAGUCUAUACUUUGUAACUAGCUAAGUUGUGCAGUAUUUUUUUGACUUUGACAGAGAAUGACCCUGAAAACAAAUGAUCAUUUUUUUCCAAAACUCAUCCUACCUACGUGUAAAAAAAAAAUUGUACAGCGCUAAUGUAUUUUUCAUAUUAUAAAGUUUCAAUUCUAGAAACGACUGGUAUGUACAGUACCGUAAUUUAAUUAUGCUUUACAAACUUUACACCUUUCAGUUUCUAAAAUUUUAAAUUAACAAACAUUAUUUCUUGUGUUCUUGAGAGUUACUUGGUUUUGUAGGGACUGUUUUGUUACUGCAUUUGUGCCCAGAAACCUUGACUCUGAAAUCUGCUGUGCGAAUAAUGCACGAUUUUUUUUUAUCAUUACCACGCUGACUGCAUAGAAUUUUAUCUAUUUGUUCCAGAGAUAAUACAUUAACCAAAAGAAGGUUUUAAUUGUUCAGACGUGUAAGAGGUUCUUCAAUUAUGUAGACAGGUCUUUCUUAUAAACGGAAAAAAAAUCAGAUUUUUUUUUUUAACAGUUCUUCUAAGACUUAACUGUUGCCUUGAAUUACAGCCUAGUUUCUAAGCGGUGAAAUGUAAUGAUAAAGAGGGAUAUUUUAACAAAAUA